CUCAUGUGCUCUCUCUCUAGCUCCUUCUGUGCCGCCGACUUUCCUGUUUCUUCCUUCCUCAACGACAAUCUCUGAUCUUCUUCGAUUAUUUUAAUAAUCCUGUCCUUUCUCCACCCCUCCACCGCAAACCACCGAUCCCCGCCUCUCCACCGUCGUACACCCACCUCUCCUAUAAGUACACACAAUCCCCCCCUUCUUUCUCUCCUCCCUCUCCUCCAAUUUCCUCAUGUAACUCAAAAACAGAGGAACAACACAAAAUCAGACAAACCCAUCUCCCAAUUUCUUCUUGUUUUUCUUCUGAAAUAAAAAAUGAUCACCGGAAAAGACAUAUACGAUGUCUUCGCCGCCAUUGUCCCACUGUAUGUCGCAAUGAUCUUAGCUUACGGCUCUGUAAAAUGGUGGAAAAUCUUCACUCCCGAUCAAUGCUCCGGUAUCAACCGUUUCGUCGCCGUCUUUGCCGUUCCAUUACUUUCCUUCCAUUUCAUCUCCUCCAAUGAUCCAUACGCGAUGAAUUACCAAUUCAUCGCAGCAGAUUCCCUCCAAAAAAUCGUCAUCUUAUUUGCUCUGUUUCUGUGGCAGAGCUUCACAAAACAGGGGACUCUCGAAUGGAUGAUCACUCUGUUUUCACUCUCCACUCUUCCCAACACUCUCGUUAUGGGAAUCCCUCUUCUCAAAGCUAUGUAUGGCGAUUUCUCCGGCAAUUUAAUGGUCCAAAUUGUUGUCUUGCAGAGUAUAAUUUGGUAUACUUUAAUGCUGUUCAUGUUCGAAUACAGAGGAGCUAAGCUUCUGAUAACAGAGCAGUUCCCUGAAACAGCUGGUUCGAUUACAUCGUUUCGUGUCGAUUCCGAUGUGGUUUCGUUGAAUGGAAGAGAGCAAUUGCAAGCGGAUGCUGAGAUUGGUGAUGAUGGGAAGCUUCAUGUUGUGGUUAGAAGAUCGGCAGCUUCUUCAAUGGUUUCUUCUUUUAAUAAAUCUCAUGGUUUGAAUUCGUUGACUUCCAUGACUCCUAGAGCUUCAAAUCUUACGGGGGUUGAGAUUUAUUCUGUUCAAUCAUCUAGAGAGCCAACGCCUAGAGCUUCUAGCUUCAACCAGACGGAUUUUUACGCCAUGUUUGCUAGUAAAGCUCCUAGUCCUAAACAUGGCUACACGAACAGUUUUCAAGGCGAAGUUUACUCGUUGCAAUCAUCGAAAGGAGCAACGCCAAGAACGUCGAACUUUGAUGAGGAGAUGUUGAAGAAGAAAAGGGGAGGGAGGAGUAUGAGUGGAGAGCUUUUUAAUGGUGGAUCUAUGCCGUCUUAUCCGCCGCCGAAUCCCAUGUUUUCAGGGUCUUCGAGUGGUGGUCAAAUGAAGAAGAAAGAUCAGAAUGGCAGCAGCAGCUGCCAUGGAGCUGCGAACUCUACUGGUAACAACAAGGAGCUGCAUAUGUUUGUUUGGAGUUCAAGUGCUUCCCCUGUCUCGGAGGGUAAACAUGCUGUUAAUAGAGCCGCCACCGCCUCGGAUUUUGCUGCGGUCGACGCUUCUAAAGCUCAACAAGAAGCCAUAGCUGCAAAAGGGCUACAAGAGGUGAUAGCCAAUAUGAGCCCAGGAAGGAAGAACAGAGAUGAAGAAUCCAUGGAAGAAGGAUCAAAGAAGAGAUUGAAAGGGAAUAACAAUGGAUCUUCAUACAAUGAUUUUCAUAAGAAGAUGAACAUAGAAGAUGGAGAUUAUGAACAGAAGAACAAUAAACAACACAUGCCUCCUGCAAGUGUCAUGACUCGCCUCAUACUCAUCAUGGUUUGGAGAAAGCUCAUCCGAAAUCCCAACACAUAUUCUAGUCUCAUCGGUGUUAUUUGGUCCCUCGUUUCAUACCGAUGGCACAUUGAAAUGCCUACCAUCAUCAAAGGAUCGAUAUCAAUUCUAUCAGAUGCUGGCUUGGGAAUGGCUAUGUUCAGCCUUGGUUUGUUCAUGGCAUUACAACCAAAGAUCAUAGCUUGUGGGAAAUCAGUGGCAACGUUUUCAAUGGCAGUGAGGUUCUUGACAGGCCCAGCUGUGAUGGCUGCAACUUCAAUUGCAGUUGGUCUGCGUGGCGUUCUUCUUCAUGUUGCUAUCGUUCAAGCUGCGCUUCCACAAGGGAUCGUUCCAUUCGUGUUUGCCAAGGAGUACAACGUUCAUGCAGAUAUACUCAGCACGGCGGUCAUAUUCGGGAUGCUGAUUGCCUUACCGAUAACGAUACUAUAUUACGUGCUUUUGGGACUCUAAAGUGUUCGUCGAAGAUUGAUUAGCAGAGAGAGUUUUAGGAUUAGGAUUAAUUGUCCACAAAUAUAUUACAUUUGUUAGUAUUAUUGUCUGCAAAUUUUGAGUUAUUUUUUGGAGCAAUAAUUUGAAUACACAAACCAAGAUGGCAUCAAAAGCUUGAGAUGGUUAUGUUAUUGAAGAA